AUGGGCACUUCUCUACCCUGGUCCUUGCUCCUCCUUGGCUUUUUCUUGGGGCGAGGGGCUUCCAGAAAUGACAUGGCCCCUGUGGUAGUAGCUGGGAUCCUAGGGGGCUCUGUCACUCUGCCCCUGCAGCUGCUGCCUGGCCAGCGGGUGGAGAGUGUCUCCUGGAAGUCCCGCUCAGCAGCCAAGACCAUAGCCACGGUCACCUUGGGAGAAGCUGGAAGGCCAGACACCUUUGAACAGAUAGAGGCCCGGUACCGGGGUCGUGUGAGAGCCGUGGGCCCAGGAAGCUCCCUGCAAAUCAGCAACCUGAGCCGAGAGGAUGCCGGGUCCUACCGUGCCCAUGUUAAUCUGAGGGACUCCCCAGUGACCCACACCUGGGAGUACAGACUGUGGGUCUAUGAGUUGGUGACCCAGCCCCACGUCAAAAUGAGCUCCAGGGUCGGUGAGAAUGGACACUGCACCACCAUCUUGACAUGUGAAGCAGAAGGCGGAGGAGACUCUGUGUCAUACAGCUGGACACCUCUGGGGCCCCGGACUGUCGUGUCUGGCAAAGGGUCUGUCCUCAGUGUCUCCUCGAGGCCUGGGGAUGAUGUUCUAAUCUUUACUUGUGUGGUCAAGAACCCAGUCAGUAACAGCAGCUCCGUGCCCGUCAGGGUGCUGCCCUCCUGCGCAGAGCGGCUGCAGAAGCCCAACAUCACUGCCAGCUCCCUGAUCAUGGAGAAUGGAAUGUGCUCCCUCACGCUGAUCUGCUCCCUGAAACAUGCUGGAGAGGAUGUUCAGUACAAAUGGGAACCUCAAGGCCUGGGAACAGUUGUGUCCCACGGGGGAACCACCCUGAGAGUCUCCUGGAAAUCUGGGAGCAGUGACAGCUUGAACUGCACAACCAGGAACCCCGUCAGCCAGAGCUCCAGCUCUGUCCUUGCCAGCUCCCUCUGCUCAGCCUCCUUCUUAACCUGCUCGCCGGAGAAAGGGUUUCUUCUCUUUCUGAUCCUGGGAGCCUUGGGGAUUUGACCUUGACUUGUGGAGAAACCAAGAGGAGAAAUAUGAGAAGGGCUCACC